CUGAAUCAUCCACUCUCAAACUUUCCUCAGUACACUUCCAACUUCCAAUACGUACUCUCCACCGAUCAAGAAUGGAUAUUUUUGGAAACUACUAUUUCGACCUACUAAUUCCUACACUGUCAACUUCUUUGUUGCCAGCUGAAAUACUGCCUGAAUCUUCAACAUCGUCUGAUAAUGGCAGCUCAGGGACACCUAGUUAUUCUGAUGAAGAAGUGAUGUUAGCUUCGAACUAUCCAAAGAAACGUGCAGGUAGGAAAACAUUUCGUGAAACUCGACAUCCAGUAUACAGGGGAAUAAGGAGGAGAAAUUCGAAUAAGUGGGUUUGUGAAGUAAGAGAACCCAAUAAGAAAUCAAGAAUAUGGCUAGGCACUUUCCCUACCGCAGAAAUGGCGGCUCGAGCUCAUGACGUGGCAGCGAUAGCUCUAAGAGGUCGGUCUGCAUGUUUGAACUUUGCUGACUCGGCUUGGAGGUUACCAAUACCAGCUUCAUCGGCCGCCAAGGAUAUUCAGAAGGCGGCCGCUGAAGCCGCCGAAGCAUUUCGGCCAUUAGAAUCCGAUGGAGAAAACUCUAGGGAAAUUAUUGUUGACCAAGCCAUACAAGAGGUGGUUGCAGAAUUGCCUGAUAAUGUGUUGUUUAUGGACGAGGAGGCUCUUUUCUGCAUGCCGAGAUUACUUGCGAAUAUGGCCGAGGGGCUAAUGCUACCUCCACCUCAAUGUAUAGACGGAUAUGUCAUGGAAUCUGAUCAUGCUGACAUGUCUUUGUGGAGCUAUUGAACAAUUUAAUUAGAAAAUAUGUGUAGAGACUUUAAUUUGAGUAGUUUAGUUGCCUGUAAGUACACUCAAAAUGCAAUGGAAAAUAGAGUAUACCCAACCUUUUUUUUUUUGUACACGAUAUUGUACGCAUCACUAGUAGAAUCAUCAACACCCCUCAAUUAAUUUGUCAAACUAGAAAUUACUUGAUAAUAUUUAUCAAUUAUUUGAUAAAUGACAACAAAUUACUUGGUUUUA